AUGGCUCAGCCCUCGAAUCCAGAACACGUCCUGCUGAACGGACAGACCCUGGAAGGAGGUGGGCAGCUAGUCCGCAUUGCCAUCGGACUCUCAGCCCUAACCGGUCGGCCAGUGAGUAUCGAGAAUAUUCGUGCAAAUCGGCCAGGGAAAACAGGUUUGAAGCGCUCCCAUGCCACAGCAGUAAAGCUACUAGCAGAUGUGAGUGGCAGCCAAGUAACUGGAGGCGAAGUAGGCUCUCAGUUCAUGAGCUUUGUCCCCCGAGCAGAGAGAGUGGAUGGCCCACUGGUAGAUUUGACACAAACCGUCGUGCAAUCGAAAUACGACAUCAAUAUUUCGACAGCCGGUGCGAUCUGUCUGGUCUUCCAGGCCCUUUAUCCGUAUAUGCUUUAUGCUGGAUCGCAGGCCCCUGUGCCUUUCAUCAGAGUCAAGAUAACCGGUGGAACGAACCCUUCGAAAUCUCCAUCGUUUGAUUAUGCUUCUCAGGUGAUGGUUCCGAAUUUUGCGAAGCUUGGGCUUCCUCCCCUUGAAAUCAUUCUCCAUGAGCGUGGCUGGUCAUCGGGACCAGUCUGUCUUGGGGCUAUGACAUUCCUGAUCCAUCCAUUAGGAUCUAAAGAUGGCUCAGGAGAUGGUCCUUCCCCCAAGCGGUCGAAUGUGGAAGGCAGAACUUCCACUGCAAACAAGUUCCCCAAGAUCGACCUCAUGGCCCAUGAGAAUGGAAAGAUCACACAGAUUGAUCUCACAGUCCUUGCACCGGACUAUGCCAACGUGGAUGCCGAUGGAUUGUGCAAAAGAUGCACGUUGCGGGAUUACAUCGCGCAAACCACGAGACAAAAACUGCGGAGUGCAAUGCGAAAGAUCCAUCCGUCCACAUUCGCGCUACAAACCCCUUCGCGCGAAUCCUCCAAUGACGAUGCAGAGCCGGAAUUGCCGGUCCCUUUCCGGAUCCAUACCUCCGAGGCUACAUAUCACGACAGUCACGUAUACAUCCUUCUGGUGGCUCAUACGUCUUCGGGAUUCCGAAUUGGACACGAUAUCCUAGGCAGUUUAGGGAGUCACAAAAAGCAGAAUGGGCAGAAAGGGAGAAACAAGCAACGUUUGACCAAGGAUGAUCGACAUGCCGAGAGAGACGUAUUUUCCGCAGCCACGGAAUUGGCCAGGGGCUGCGUCGAAGGUUUCAUGCAGGAGAUCUCAAACGUGAAUCCAGACAAGUCGGACGCAACGACGCCGACGACGAAGACCUGUCUAGACCAGCAUAUGCGAGACCAGAUUGUUGUAUUCGAAGCGCUUGGCGAGGCGUGUCACACGGGGACAAUUUCCGAAGUAGCCAAUACGCGAGAAGAUGGACGAGAUUGGACGUUGCACACGAGGACGGCACAGUGGGUGUGUCGGCAAGUUUUGGGGGGCAUAAAUGUGUGA